AUGACGAACCAGGAGCGGUUUUGUCGACAUAUUGGAGAGACUGAAGUCUGUCAAGUUUGUAGAGGUGGGGUGGAGUCUACUCUACACGUGCUUCGAGACUGUCCGGCAAUGGCAGGGAUAUGGAUGCGGAUUGUGCCACGAGGUAAACAAGAGGCUUUCUUUGAUAUGUCCUGUUUGGAGUGGUGUGGAAACGUUUUUGGAAACAACACCCUCUGGAGAGACCGAGUGAAGUUUGUGAAGGAUUAUGCUAAAGAGGUUACAGCCGGAAGAAAUGGAGCUCAUCGUGCGGCACCAACCAAUAGGCAGGAGCGACUAAUCUCAUGGAGUCCGCCAUCGGUGGGUUGGAUGAAGCUAAAUACUGAUGGAGCUUCUCUAGGUAACCCAGGUGCGGCAACAGCUGGUGGAGUGCUACGAAAUGGGGAUGGGCAGUGGUGUGGUGGAUUUGCUCUGAAUAUUGGGCGCUGUACAGCGCCGUUGGCAGAGUUGUGGGGGAUUUCAGAUACACAUCUCUUGUCUUUCCUGGUACACUUGUGCCACGGCUUUAUAUUGAAGGACUGGGAAGUCCGUUUUUUGCAUGUGUAUAGGGAGGCUAAUCAUUUGGCGGAUGGUUUAGCCACUUAUGCGUUUUCGUUGCCUUCGGGUUUGCAUGUUUUUGAUUUAGUUCCUCCUGACUUAGCGACAGUGUUGCGCGAUGACGUUUGUGGAGUCGCGCAGUCACGGCAAAUUCAUGUGUAA